GAUAUGAAACUGGUUGGCAAGAGGGCACAGCAGUAGACUUAUGUCGAUGGCAGUUUUGUCUUAAGCAAAUGCAAGCAAAAACGCAAAUUUGUUUUUCACCACUUAUCGUUCCUACACAUACUACCUGAACAAAGUAUCUCUGUGGUAUUGACUUCUUAACAGAUUUUGCGAACCAAGAACAAAGCGGUUUCUUUUGGAAAUGGCAAAGUGGAUAUUUGCGGGCGGGAUUAUCGUGGCGCUGUAUUGCCCCCAUCGUGCAAUAACUUCCAAUGUACCGGGUGAUGCAAACGCGCCAGUGCCGCUUCUGGCUCGGCAAAAUAUUUCAAAUAAUGUAUUUCUGAUACUGGGAAAUGGGAGUGCUUUGUCUGACCCGCUGAUAGAUGUAAGAAAUGACUUGCAACUUCUGCGGAGCGACAUAACGAAUACGCUAGCUGACCCACUGAUGGAUGUAAGAAAAGAACUACAAUCUCUGCGGACUGACAUAACCAACAAAUUUGCUCAUCUAAAUGCGAGCAUCAGAAAUGUGUCUACUGGGUUGGACGCGGUCAAGGUCGAUGUUCUGCUGUGUGGACCAAGACGCAGCUCAUCGCUAUGGCCAGUGGGAAUUAUGCAUCCAAAUUGGGAAUUUUUUGCAAACGAGAAAUUUUGUUCUGAAGACGGAAAAUUUUGCUUGUUUCUUCAUGAUUCCGGAAACCUAGUGUUAUAUGAUACAAUCUUGUACCGAACCUUAUGGAAUUCUCGAAUCAUUUUCGGACGCUCUUGUGAAUCAAGCGUUAAAGUGGAACCGAGCGGAGAGGUGGUCCUCUACAUUAGAGGCGCUCGAAUUUGGUCAGCUGGUAGUGCGGACAUUAAGGAGGGACGGGACGUGAGAGUACAAAAAAUCUUCAGCAAGAACGACGAGUAAAGCAAGGGAAAGGAUAGAAGGGCUGGAGGCGGCAGACGCACACGCCGCAACCAAAGACAAUAGCCGUCGGUCAACUAAGUUAUCGCACCAUCCUUUCACUAAUUGCUUCGGCUCAGCAGUCAGCAUUUCUUUGGAACGGCUGAUUAGUGAUUACUUUACUUUUCUAACAUCAGCUUCACAUCAGAACUGAGAGAAAGAAGAACAAAUACCGCACCAUUUUGGACAGAUCACAGAUGUCUUUUUGUUCUUUGGGCAUGCGAAUGUUUUGGCCCAUGGUGUGAAGGUGCUACUCUUGUGUUUAAAGAAAUCGGGAAGAAGUUGCGAGUCGAACCGGCGAGCCUCGAUAAAUUUCCUUUCUGUUUCAACGUUUAAGUCUAGAGAUUUGGCGUGGCAGUGCUCAAGUUGGUUUUGGCUACCAUCCCCUCACAUUCGAACUGGGAUAACUUUUCUAUUUUGAU